CUUUCGCUUACUGCCACAAGCGCGACAGCUAGAAUGUACAUCUAUUUCGAAGGAAACAAUGAGCUUUUCGCACUUAUCGCAUUCGGACUUACAUCUGCCAUUUCUCUGCUCGGGUAUUUCUGUCUUUUCGCAGGUCCAAAACUCGAUCAGAUUCCCCGAGCUGGCAAGGGCCCAGGGUGGUUUGGAUUGAGCUUAGUCGAAGCGAAACGCGAUUUCCUCAAAAAUGGCCCUAAAAUCAUCAACGAAGGAUACAAGAAGUACAAGAAUGGCAUGUUCUUGAUCCAAACAUUGAACGUCGAAAGAGUUGUUCUGAGCCCAAAAUACAUCGAAGAAAUCAACAGAACUGUACCGGACAAAUCCCUGGACAUGAUCGACGGUCUAAGAGAGAGGCUGAUGGCGUCACAAACAAAUCUAGACGCGGUCUUCCGAAGUCCAAUGCACAUCGAUGUCUGCAAAGAUCAGUUGACCCGCAAUCUGCAUGCCCUGAUUGGCCCACUCAACGAAGAAGCGACUUAUUGGUUAUCGAAGCGUAUCGAUGGCACAACGGAAGUCAAGGCCUAUGAAACGAUGGUACGGAUCAUAGCCGCAACUGCAUCCAGAAUGCUUGGGGGAACGAGAGUCAGCCGAAACGCAGAAUGGCUUGAAACAGCUGCUCAUUAUUCAAUGGACGUAGUCACCGUGGCGAUGAAGCUACGCCCCUACCCAGCCUUCAUGAGGCCGUUCGUCGCUCCCUGGUUGAACGGUACUAAGGUCCUUGCGCGCCAUCUGAAGGUUGCCAAGAGCGUCUUCAAAGAUGAAUUCAUUCAACGAUUGAGUUCGACACCGGCGGUCAAGAGUAAGAACAAAGAGCAGCCAAUUGAUAUGAUACAGUGGAUGACAGAAUCCGCACGUGGGACUGACAGGAACGCUGACGUCCUGUGCCACAACAUGCUGUUCAUGUCUUUGGCUGCAGUUCAUACGAGCUCGGCAACACUUGUCCACGUGCUCUUCGACCUCUGCGCCUCACCUUCAUACAUGCAAGACCUUCGAGAAGAGGUCGAAAGGGUUAUUGGCGAGCAAGGCUUCACACUGGGUGCCAUCAACAGCUUGAAGAAGCUCGAUAGUUUUAUGAAAGAAUCACAAAGGAUGAAUCAGACCGUACUUAUGACAUUUAACCGCAGGGUUGCCGAGCCCAUCCGGUUCACUGACGGCGCUACACUCCCUAUUGGCACCUACAUCACCAUGCCAAGCGAUUCUGUAGCCCACGAUCCCGACAUCUAUGAGAAUCCCUACCAAUUCGACGGCCUCCGCUUCUAUGAUAAGAGAAUGUCGGCUAAGACAGAGGCAUAUCGUCACCAAUUUGCCACGACUGGACCGGAAAGUCUUGCAUUUGGUCAAGGCAAGACGGCCUGUCCGGGGCGAUUCUUUGCUGCGUCUCAAAUCAAGAUAGUGCUUGCCAAUAUUCUCAUGAAGUAUGAUGUAUCAUUUCCUCCAGGGCAGACAGAACGACCCAAAAAUAUCCACAAAGGCGGUCUGGUGAUGGCAGAUCGAAGCCAAAAGCUGGUGUUUACUCCACGGAAGUAA